CUCUCUUAUAGCGCACAACAACUGGCUCCAGAAUGACCUGGUUUGACAACAAAAAGUACUGUCUGUUAAUUCUAUACUUUCUGUGGAGUCUCAGUACGGGGAGGGAACUUUCUAGUGAUAUCAUGAUCCUACCACAAACAAGCUCCGGGGACUAUUACACAAAACAAUUUGCAGCUGACAAACAGCGCAGCGACCUAAGGAGAGGAAACGGAGGAGGGCAUUUGGGGAGGGGGAGUUGUUUGGGGACCGCGUAAAAGCUUUGAAUCCACCUCUUCACGCUUGCACUACUUCAGAAAUGCGCAGAGCUAGACUAGGGGAUACCUUUCCGGCCAAAAAGCUGAAGAGUAAUAUUGCUACAAGUUUAAUGCCAGAAACAGUACAGGAAACAGGACACCAGAACGGAAUGGAUAUACAGGGAGAAAAUUUAGGAAAAAGCAAAAAAGUACGAAAACAGAGGGACAGUCUUUCCACGCAGCAAAGAGCCGGCGCGCUAAGCAUGGACUUGUUGGUUGCCUUGCAGAUAUUACCAGGCUUUUUCUCGAACUGUCUGUUCCUGGCGCUCUAUGACUCGGUGGUCCUCCUAAGGCGUGUGAUGUCACUUCUCAGCUUCUCGAGGUCCGCAGCCUGUGGCGAGUGGCAGCGCAUGCUGACUUCAGCAGGUUUACGCUCGAUAUGGAACAGUUUCCUACUGGAUGCCUACAAGCAGGUGAAGCUUGGUGGGGAGGCUCCCAACUCCAAGGUUGUGAAGGUACCAUCCAUUAGAGGCCGGAAGCGGAGUCCCAGGAACAAGGCAGGCGAUGAGUGCCACCUGUUGGAUUUUGAAUGCUCCGACCGCCCCCUGGUGGUCAACUUUGGCUCUGCCACCUGACCCCCCUUCAUCAGUCAGCUGCCCGCCUUCCGGCAGCUGGUGGAGGACUUCUCGGACGUGGCCGACUUCCUGCUGGUGUACGUGGACGAGGCGCACCCCUCGGAUGGCUGGGCGGUGCCGGUGGCCGGGCCGCACCCGUUUCAGGUGAGGCAGCACCAGAGCCUGGAGGAGCGGGUCCUGGCGGCGCGCAGGCUGCUGGAACACUUUGCCAUUCCGCCGCAGUGCCAGCUGGUCACCGACAGCAUGGACAACAACGCCAACACGGCCUACGGCGUCUCCUUCGAGAGGGUCUGCAUCGUCCAGAAGAGGAGGAUCGCCUACCUGGGGGGGAAGGGCCCCUUCUUUUACAACCUGGGAAACGUCCGGCAGUGGCUUGAGCACAACUUUGGACGGAGGUAGAGUGCAGUAACAGUGAAAAAAAAUAAACUUCUCAUUCCACAGGCUGGGGGAGAAGUCUAUUUUAGGACAAGUGAAAUUGCUGAUGCAGGUACAGUGAGACAUUUUGAAAAAGUUCCUCUUCAAAGCCCUGUUGACUACUUCUGGCGAGGUUCCAGUCAGUCUAAUCCAGCGGCUUCCUAUUUGGAACAAAGUCCACGCUCGUAUCGACUUGACCGACAGAUGAGGCGGACGAGCUUUCAGCACACGCGGAACCUCUGCAGCCCUCCCUCAAGGUUGCCGUGCCGACAGAACGCGAAAAAUACACCCCUGUCAGUCGACAUAAACCCAUUGCCCUGUGUGAAAGGAGCCCAGAAUUAUUGAAUACAAGUGGAAACACAAGGAGCCAACUUUCAAAAAAAAAAAAAACAACUGGUGAUGUAAGGCUCCUUCAUGCAUAUGAACUUGCUUUCAUUCUGAACGCACUCCCUUCCUCAGUGUGAUUUCAUGCUGUCGGUUUAAUGUGCUGCAGUCUCCUGUUUUUGAUUAAGUGCUCUUCAUGUACUUUUAUUCCUAUGCUGUUUCUUAAACAAAGGGGCCUUUUCUUCUUACUCGAGUUUGACAUGAUGCCAAAUAGAUUCUCUGUGUUCAGUCCUUGCAUUCGUGAGCCCCAAGCCCCACGCAGCAGCAUUUUCUGAGCGCAAGUGUAAUGGGGUGCAACCAUGUUUUGGUAAUUGAGUGACAUCACAUAUUUUAGUCGAUGAAACUACGCUGUAGUUCCUCAGCCACAUUUCUACAGACCCUCCUCAUAUGUAGGUCCGGCAUACCUGAGGCAAGCCAGAGGCAUUUCCGUUGACCUGCCUUAGUAGAUCAGCUUUGUAGGUCAGCUGUACCUUAGGUGAGCAGCUUUUCUAUAGAGCAUUUACACACGUGGACAGGUUGUUGCCUGACCAUAUCUACGAUUGUAGAUCUUCCCCAAGGACAUACAGAAGUCACUGGGCCUCAUUCACAAAGCAUGCAUACGAUCACAUUUGAUCGUAAACUGUGUAAGAAUAUUUCCAAGAACAUUUCGGCAUUCAUCAUUUGUUUUCUUAUCUGUCUUUGUUCAUGGCUGUUUCCUUAUGCAAAUCACAUGAUCAGGAUUGCACUUCAAAAUAACAGAGUCAGCACUCAUACACCUGGGAUAUGCACAAAAACAAAGGUCAGCACAUGUGUUAUGAAUCCCAUAUUUGGUUUUUGUUGGAACAUUUUUAGAGCAAAAAUAAGAAUCAUUUAAGAAAAUGAGAAUGUGAACGAGGCUCAUUAUGUUUAUCUGAUAAAAUAUGUACAUUUUGUAUUUAAAAAAAAUCUAGCAAAGCUGCAUGGUUUAGUUUAUAUGCAGUGAGCUCCAUAAUGUCUGGGUCAAAUACAUAUUUUGUUUGGUUUGGCUCUGUACUCCACAACUUUAGAUUUGUAAUCAAACGAUGCACAUGUGGUUAAAGUGCAGACUCUCAGCUUUUAUUAAGGGAUAUUUUUAUACAAUGUUGGUUUCACCAUGUGGAAAUUGCAGCACUUGUACGUGGUCCCACCAUUUCAGGGCACCACAAUGUUUGGGACAAAUGGCUUCACAGGUGCUUCUAAUUAGUCAGGUGAGUUCACUUGCUUCCUUAGUGCAGGUAGAAGAGAGUGUUCCGUAUCUCAUCUUGAUUAUAGGCUUCUGAUUGCCUUUUGAGUCUGUUAUUGGCAUUUCAUUGGCCACAGUUGUGUCAAUGAAAGCCAAGGAAUCCAUUACAUGGCUGACCAAAAUCAUCUGUUUGGGAUAUCAUUAAGAAGAAAGGGAGCACUGGUGAACUCAGUAAUCCCAAAGGUCCUGGUAGGCUAAGGAAGACCUCUACAGUUGAUAACCAAAUAAUUCUUACCAUGAUGAAGAAACGCCCCCAAACACCUGUUUGCCAGAUCAGAAACACUCUUCAGUGUAUGCAAACGACUAGUUCGCUGCAAAAACAGGAUGGCCAGAUUAGAGAAGAAAUACGUAAAAGAGCCUGCAAUUGUCUUGUGGACAUAUGGGAUGAAGACUCAUUUGUAUCAGAAUUACAGGAAGAGCAAAGUGUGCAGGCCAAAAUAAACCUCAAGAUCCCCAAGAUACACCUCAUCUGAGAAACACGGUGGUGGGGUGUUAUGAUUUGGGCAGGUAUGGCUGCCACAGUUACUGGCUCACUUGUCUUCAUUGAUGAUGUAACUGCUGAUAGCUGCAGCAGAAUUAAUUCUGACGUGUACAGAAACAUCUUAUCUGCUCAAACUCAUCCUACAGCAAGACAAUGAUCCCAAACAUACUGCUAAAGCAGCAAAGGAGUAUUUCAAAGCCAAUAACUAUUCACAAAGCCAAGUCAUUCACCUGAUCUGAAUCAAAUUGAACAUGCAUUUUAUAUGCUAAAGAAGAAACUUAAGGCAACUAGCCACCAGAAAAUGUGGGAGCUGAAGAUGGCUAU